AUGAGUGAUAGCAGUGAUUCCGGUAAUACCGUUAACUCGCGUGCUAGCGCGAACGUGGCCACGCGGCAAAAACCAAAACCGAUGCGCGUUUCCACUGACCGCGGAAAAUCGGAUGCGGUAAAAUCAAAAAUCAAGGUUCCUGCAUUCUCAGCCGAGGACCCCGAGCUUUGGUUCGCACUGAUAGAAGGCCAAUUUUCCAUGCAUGACGUGACGGACGACUUUGAAAAAUUCACGCACGUCACCAACAACUUGGAUCUGCAGUAUGCGAAGGCCGUGAAAGAUAUUAUCGUCCACCCGCCGCCUAAGCAUCGUUACGAGAAACUGAAAUCCGAGUUGGUCAAGCGACUUUCAGCAUCUCACGAGAAGAAGGUUAGACAGUUGCUGACCCAUGAGGAGCUCGGCGACAGGAAACCUUCACAGUUCCUGCGACACCUGCAAGAUUUGGCCGGCCCUGCAGUGCCUGAGGAUUUUAUUAGGUCGAUCUGGAGCAACCGUCUGCCACACAACAUCCAGACCGUCUUGGCUUCGCAGCCUACUCACUCUCUGGAGCAGCUUGCGGAUCUGGCUGACCGCAUUCAGGAGCUCACUGCACCCUGCACUGUCGCCACUGCAACUUCUACCAGCGCUCAGAGAAACAGUGCUUCCGAGGAGAUCGCGGAGCUGAAGAAAAUGGUGCAGCAACUUACGCUGAAGCUGGAUGAGCAUACGCGCGCGUCAUGCUGUUCUGCGGGGCGUCCUCCUAGAGCACAGGAACGACGCCGCUCAUCGCCGCGACAUCGAAGCCGAUCGAGGUCCAGCUACCAGAAGUACCCAGUGUGCUGGUACCACGCGAAGUUUGGGCCUCAGGCGCACAAAUGCGACAAACCCUGCGACUACCACAAGGCGGGAAACGCGACGGGCAGUCGCUAG